AUGGGUGUGAGAUUAUCGCCUGCGUACGGAUCACCUGUGAUCCGUCAUCGCUAUGAACUCGAUCGUGGUUUUCUGGUAUUAACUGGUUGUCAAACGGAUUAUCGUGCUGCUGGUAACGAUCCAGAUGCUCAUGUAGCUCCCGUCGACGAUUACCAUCACAUCAUUUUCUUCAUCGAAUUUUCUGGAACAAUUAAUGACUCUCCUAUGCGAUUGCACGGCUCGUCAGCGAGCAGCGCAUCCGUGGCCAGUCGACUGUACGGUACCCGUUCGCGAAGGGAUUCACUUGGAUCUGAUCCGGAAUUGAUUUCCUUCUCCGACUCCGAUAUGCACGAUAUCACUAACCAGGUGACGAUGAUCUCGAAAAAGUUGUCCGAAAUGGAGGAACAACAGCUCCAUAGCAACGAUGAACGAGGUCGACUACGAACAGAAAACGCUGUACUCACGGAACGAGUUCAUGUGUUGGAAGAACAGAUGCUUGUCGCUGAACAAAGAUACCGAGAGCAGCUACAAGAGGAGAAGAACAGAACACGAGAACUGCUUCAACGAAUGGAGAGGGAGAAACAAUUAGAGACGGAAAGUCUAACUCUCAAAUAUCAAAUGAUUGAAAAAGACCUGCAGUCUGCAAAAAAAGAAGCCGACAAAGCACGUGAAGAGACACAAAGGAUGCAAGAAGCGGUGGAAGAGCUGCGCGGACAACUUACCGAGAGUAAGUUACUCGUCGAGGAUCUUGAAGAGGAACGAAUUAAGUUGGAACGACAAUUCAAGAGAUUCAAAGAAGAAGCUCAGCAAGACAUUGAUAGUAGCUCCGAGAUGGUUGAGGUGCUUACACAGCAGACGGAAGAGCUGCGCCGAAAUGGAGCACCGAGACAAGGAUCAAUCGUCGAACAGAUGAGUGACCUCGAAGAGUCUCUCGAACAGGCGCGUGCUGAUAUUCGUGAUCUACAGCGCGAGCGUGACGACCUGCAAGCUCAACUUUUGGCGGCCAGUGUUGAACGAGGGCGAAGUCUGUUGGCGGAUGAACCCUCGCUGGCCGAUGAACUUAUGAGCGGAGGUGGAGACUCGCAACAGAUCUUGGAGGCUCUCCGUGAGCAAGAAGUAUGCAAUCAGAAACUACGGGUGUACAUUAAUGGUAUUUUAAUGCGAGUCAUAGAACGACAUCCUGAAAUCCUUGAAAUAGGUGAACAACGCGAACAACAGAAUCCAAGUUGA